UGCACCAUCUCUUGUUCCCCCUCCUCAGCCUGGACACCAUGACACCCCUCCUCUUGAAGCACCUUGCUGCCUCUCUGUCUCGCCGAGUGGCCAACGUGAGCUGGAUGAAUCUUCACCUCGCCUCACCGGCAGCAAGUGCUUACCAUCGUCUCUGCACCCUCGCCACAGCUCCCCGUGCUCUACUCCAAUCAUCGAUCAGAAUCAGCUCCGUCCAGCCCUCCUGGUCGAGCUCCUCUGCUCAAUUUGGACCAUCUCUGUUAGGAGUGCGUCCGCAGCUUCCAUGGGUCCAGCCCUCUGCAGGGAUGAAAACAAAGUCUGCCCUGAAGAGGCGCUGCAAAGAUUGUUUCUUUGUUCGACGUAGAGGACGUUUGUUUGUUUUCUGCAAGACGAAUCCAAGACACAAGCAGAGGCAGGGCUAAAAUAUUGAACUAUCAAUGAGAAGAGUGCUUUAAGAUUGUGACUGUUUAGAAAUGCUGAGCUGCAAUAAAAUGUUGUUUGGAUAAAAA